AUGCGACGUGUCCUCCCGGAAGUGCCUAAGGUAAGAAACGUGCGGAAUGUGCUAUUCAUCGUUCCUCGAACGUUCCUUUGUUUGUUUUUUCGAAACUUUGGAAGACAGAAGAUUACUGUAACAUUCUCUAGUUUAUUCAUAGACAAAAACAACUUUCUGCACUAAGUGGCAUUCUUCCAUUACCUACAACAACAUGCUACAUUUGACUGUGUUUUUAUUGUUGUUUAGAAUAGAUAUAGAGAUUUUUAUCGUUAAAAAUAGAUUUUUAUAAAUUGUAAAAACAUAUCAAUAGUAUAAACUUACUUUGACGUUGAUAUACCAACGUAUAAUGUUAUUUAUAACAACAUAUGACAUUAAAAUCCAAUUUCUGAGCUUACUCCAUGUUACUUUUGCAAUAACAAUUUCAUUAUAUUCCUAAUAUCGGAAAGCCAUAAACGUUUUUACUCUGUAAUUUCCAUAUAUAUGUUUUAGGGCGAAAUGCAAAUGUUGUCCCCGCAAUGUCACAGUGUCAUUCUGAAUCGCAAGAUCUACGAUUUGAGGAACGAGGAGUUUGGGUGAGUCCAGUUUAUAUAAGUGUUGAAAUUAAGUUGAAAAUAGUCUAUUUACUAUAUUAUUCUAACAAGAAUAACCAUCACAUCUACUGUAAUACAGGUCACAAUAUUUCUUAUCAAUAUAUUAUAAUAAUAUCUUUUAAAAAGUUGUAGGCCAGUAUAAAGCUCUUAUUUACCUUUAGUGACAGCCGUCUAAUGACCAUUGUUAUUAUUUUGCGUCUUAAACCCCUGAGGCGAAGUGAUGAGUAAACAUAGUGCUGGUCACUUCGAAAUUAAAAACAAACAAGUUUGGGCGUGUUAAGAAAGGGAUAUUAUGUUACAAUAUAGCAAAUUUGCACAUUUUUUGGUUUUGGAAAGUCAAAAAUAUUUAGUCGUAUUUUAGGUUUUUCUUAUUUAAUUUUAAAGUGAUAAAACACUAAAAGUUGGGAUUGAUUUAAGUGUUUUACAGACUUAAUAAGUGCAUUUACAGACCUGAUAAGUAAUGUAAAAUACAUUGUUUUUUACCCUAUAUAUGUAUUUUUCUGUGUAAUAUAUCACAGAAAAGAAAUGACUUCCGAUGUUACUAAUUGUCGUGGUAUAACAAAUAGGAGUCUAUUACAUCUUGUUUGCAAUACAUCUUGUAACGUUUGCUGUGCUUAUCUACUUGUUUGGGUAUGAUUUAGACUAUUUUGAAAAUAAAUCAUGUUUAAAUAGACUUGAUCUCACCAUGCAAACAUGUAUUACAAAGUUUAGUAUUUUACUUUUUCUUAAGUUCAACACUAAACAUAGUAGCUAUGUAUCAUGAAAAUGUUUAUUAUUGUAUUUAUAUUUGUAGACCUAAUACAAUUAUCUAAUAUUGUAUUACUAACGGUAGAUCCUUGACCACCUCUGAUAGCAAUACGACUUGUUGUGUUAUUUGAUAGGAUAUAAAAAUAGUACAAAUCAUAUCUGAACACUGGCAUUAGCAGAUGGUCUUCGGUCAGCUGUUGUCUCGAUUUCGAACAUUUUUAAAAUUCCGCUUUCAAAGCUUUUUAUAUAUCUAUGUGUACGUUUGGCUGACCUUACACUGCCCUUGGUUACUUGUUACAAGCCUUGUUUUGAAAUCUUUUAAGUGUUUCAUAAGAUGGUCAGUUCAACUGUUCUUAUAUUAGUACAUAAGUAAUAUUAUACAAUAUUACUUUAGCUGACUUCAUGAUAUUUUUUAUAACUCGUUGUGUUGUUAACAAUAAUGUAAUUGGUCUUAUUGUUUUAUUGGCAUUAUUGUCAGCAGUUUUAUAUUUAUUUUUAAGUAACGCCACGUAACCUAGUUAAAUUAGCAAUAUAAUAUGUCAUGUUAUACACUGUUAAACCAGUUGCUUGUAAUUGAAUUACUCUUUAAGCUAUCUUUAACUCCAUCGUAUGCUAUUUCGAUUGCGUGCUAAAUUUAAGGAAGUGGGACCAUCUUUAAGUAGCUUCAUAUAUAGGAUAGUACAUAGAGUAUGAUGUAGUAUGUACUGCAAGAACAAAGAGCUUGCAGAUUAGUAUAUACUAGACUCGUAUUAGAAACAGUAUGUUAUCCAUGGCUUGACGAUAGGUCAAAGAAUCAUAUCGUAUUUUGUUGUUGCGAAACGUUUCUCGAAACUAUAAUACAGCUGUUGGUUGUUGAUUUAUGUUAAUGUUGGUGGUAUUUGAUGUUUAAUUGACAUGUUUGUGUUUACUUUUGGUGGUAGGUACUCAAGUGAUGGACAGAGAGGGUGGUAGGUGUUCUUGUUUCUUAUUUUUGAUUUUUAAAACUUCAUAUAUAAAAAUGGCAGUUGGUCUAGAACGAACCAAUCUAUUGGUCUAUUUCAAGGUUUUACGGCCGCUUAUCUGGGUUCUGUUGGGUUUAUUCAGAUCUGAUUUAGAGGCACCUUUACUGUUUGAUUAGAUUGUAUACGAUUCUUAGAAGUUUAAAAUUUUAUGAAUUGCAAGCCUUGGUUUUAGCAGCUUUUGUCCAUUUUUUGCUAUAAGUCUGACAUACUACAAAGUCUUGAGUUAUAGUUUUUGAAAGAAAAAGUAAUUUAAUAACUUGGCUUUAACUGAAUUAUUGUUUUAGUUCAAAGACUGUCUACUAUGACUUAACAAAUGCCAAACUUAUUUGUAUAUGUUUUGCUAAGCCUUAUCUUACAAGGGUGAUUUAAAAUUUUUUUACUUAUGAAGUUUUUAUUCUUAUGAUAAAAGGUUUUGAAACUUGCUUGUUGAAUCCAAAAUAUUGCACUAACGAUAGUAAACUUGUUUUUGAAUAUUUUAUAUUGUCACCAUCUUUCGCCAUCUGUGGGACACAACUCUAUUUCUUCCAAGUUUAUGUUGUGCCGAAGCCUUGGAGUGAAGCCGGAGAUGCAAUAAACAACUCACUUUCUAAUUAUCUCCGUCUUAUACCACGGUAAUUGUUUCUUAUACCACAAUACUCGAUUCCUGUUAUGAUGCGACAAUGGCUCAUAUAUGGUGGUACUUCCUUGUAAAACAAUAUUGUCAUCUUUUGUCUAUUUAAGUACAUCUUUAAAGGUAAUGAUAUAGAUGAUCAAUCUUAUAUUAAUAUUUUAUUUUUACUUUAAAUUAACUUUUACGUAUAGUGUAAUAUAGCAAAUACUUCAUUGUAAUAUAGAAUGCUAAUUGGCCGCAGUAACUGUUCCUUGUCAGCUAUCAAUUAGGCGACAGGUCAGAGAGAGGCGGCCUUUCCCUUUGCCUCAGGGUCCAUUUGGAAUGAUCUGGAUAUCAGUUGACCGAGGGGACAACUAUUUCGUAAAGUCAUCGCGGUUCGUCUUCUUCAUUACAAUUUAUGUGCGGGUAAAUAGUAACAGGCCCAAGGGGGGGAUCAAGGGAAGAUAUUACUUCAGGUGUUGUUGUUUUCCCGAUUGAUAAACAACUUUAUACUUGGUAUUAUCCGGGAUGUUUUGGUAUUUCGUAUACUUAAAUCAAAUGGUUUUGGAGGGUUUAUCGUUACUUUGAUAUGAUAUACACAUUGGUUAUAUUAAUAUGGUUCUUGUCUUCUAUAUGUUCUUCGUCGUAUCCUUAUAUGAUUCAACCGUAGUAUCUUGCAAAAGUGAUCUUUAAGUAGCGGGGUCUUCGACAGUAAAAGCACAUUGUACUAUAACUAGGAAACUGUUUUCAUGUGGUGACAUGAGAUAUGUUUGUUGUGAUAUGUACACGUGAGCGUGAGAGAACAGGAAACACCUGUCUGGGGCAUUGUUCCAUCAUCUUUUCUGACAUAAACAUGAUCUACCGCCUCGUCCUCUAGCACCAAACAUUAAUGUCGUCGUGCAGGUUCGAUUAACAGUUGACUAAUGACUACGUACUUGCAGGUCCUAUUAGAGUAUUAGUAUAAUAUAGUAUCAAAUAGUAUGAUACUAUCUUACUAUGGGUACCAAUAGUACCAUGAUGUAUAUGUUACAAUUGCAGACACAUAACAUACGACAGAGUUGUUGUGAGGGGCUCCUUGUUUAUGUCUCAUAAGUGUUAUUCAAUUUGGUUCACUUAAUGCCUUAGGGGUUUAAGUUGAGAAUAUUUCGAAAAGAUACGAUGAAUGGGCGUACUCGGACAUGGGGUUCUUGGAUUAGGUAUUGUCUAACGUGCUAUUGUAUGUUAAGGCUUUGUUUUCGGUUGGGUACUCUGGGAAUUGCACUAUAAACUUAUAAGAUACCACACGAGUUACUUUACUUCUAAAGCAUCAAGUUCAUUACUUUGAGUGGAAAGAUGAGUCGUCUAUGUAUUUAGUUUAAUAUAGGAUAUACCAUAAGAUAGACUUUAUAGAGUAGGUAAAUGUGCUAUAAGUUUCACGUCCAAGAUACCACGUCUUAAACAUCACAGAUUACCGAGUUUACUCUGCUGUAAUUUACUUGGCGUUUCACGGUCGGACAAGCAGCACGUAGAUACGUUUAUGUGGAUUUAUUUGCGGGAAUUGCUUCGUAUGUUCGCUUUAAUUUAAAAUUUUGAGAUGUCAGAGUACAUAUUUGGGUGGUCAGUCAUGUCGCUGUCGCACAUACUAAAUAUAAAUUUUUGAACUCGCUUUUACAUUUGUUGUUUUUGAGCUGUAUGGUGGUAUGUUUUGAGCUUGUAGGUGAUAGUGGAGCUUGUUUUAUAUUUUAAGAUAUAUUGAUGUGGACCUUGGUAGAACAUUGUAAAGUAUCUUCUUUAAAACGUUAUAGCACAUUGUAUAUUUGACAAGUUGUAUAAAGAUGAUACUAUGUUUACAAAGAAGAUAUUACUCAAAUUAAAACACCUCUUGUCAUAUUGCCAUACUUUAAUAGUGGUAUCAUAAACGAUAUAUAAUUUUAUAUUCCUGAUUGAUAUUCCUCACUUAAUAUCAUUAUAUCUCUUCUUUUAUUGCUUAAUAUCUUAUCCUUAUCUCCUACAUCCAUCUAUUGGCCAUAAUGGCCGAGUGAUUUGUCGGCCCAAAAGUUUAUUUUCUGGCUUCAUAAUUCCCUUCCGAGGCCGCGAACUUGAUGCCUGAGGCGCUUCCUCUCUUUAUCUUUGUUUAUUCAUCCCCAAAUCUUAUUUGUGUCAUCAGACGUUGCGGCUUUUAAUUAUACGAGACGGGGCUGGGGCAGAUUAUGCCAUUAUAUUAUAUUACACUCUGCCAACUUCGCCAAUGGAAUUGCUUUGUUUCAGAGCCAUGAAGCAACCGCUGCGAUCGCAGUCGUUCCGGCAUCGGCCCAGGCCACAAUACGAGAAUCUGAAGCGAUUUGCGUUGGAGGGCGAGAUGGGAGGGCAACAGCGACGCAAAAGUACACCCACUGUCAGCCGGAGGGGAUCGUUGCAAAGGUAAUUUUAUGCUUUUAAAAGUUUUUAAAUUUGAUUUAUAACACAAGAAAGCCUCUUUUCUUUAUAAAUUGCUUGUUAGAAACUACUAUAAUAAGAUCUAUUUCAAUUUAACUUUUAAAAAACAGCCUUUUUAAUACCUAAAAUGCUAAAAGUUUAAAGAAAAAUUGAGCAUUCCUUCCUUGUAAACCACUAAAAUUGAGCUCAACCCCAAAACUACAGAAAUUGAAGCCAUUUGCAGAAUUUAAAUACCAAAUCCGAGCAAUUAGUAAACAUUUAAAAGGAUACGAAACAUAGCCCAUUACACAUCACCGCUAUUUAAAGCCGCUGGUUUAACGCAUCUCCUGAGGGCCUUUUAUUAGGCAAGAGGGGAUGUUCAUCUUGUUCCGGCCACAGUAAAUCUCUGGACUCGCAGUUUUUCCUUCGGCCAAGACAAAGGAAAAAGUUUUUAAUUGCUGUUAAAGCGAUGGCCUCGGGGCUUUAACCAAUUUUUCGAGUUUUGUAGUACGAUAAAGUGCUAGGAGGUAGACGGAGGCAUGCUAAGUAUGAAGGUAUUGGUAUCAAGUUAUUAUGGAGUUCAUAUUACAGUAGAGGUGUCAGUUAUCGUAUAAUGAUAGAAAAAGGAAAUUGUCAAUUUUAAAGUUAUGUUAUGAUGUGUAUUUAGUAGUAAAUGUUUCAAUUUCACGCUUAUUUGGUUAGUUUACUGUGAAAGUGGCAUAAUUCAUAAAGGAACACUUUGCCCUAUAUUUUAGUCAACAAAAGUUACCAUUAAAUUUCAAAAAUCGUGUUAAAACUAGACUUUUUUCAUUUACCUUUGCCAUCCUUUAUAUAAUAUACCAUAAGUAGUAGAUUCUAAUAUAAAACGUUUAAUAUCCCCCUUUUCAGGCCACGUCUGGAGCCACUGGUACGAACAGACGUGUGGCCGGAGCCCAAGCAGAUGAGCGAGAUCGAAGAGCGGUUUCUGAAGCUGCCGGAUUCAGAUGACUACACUCGCGUCAGACAGUUCAACAUCGAUGCCAAGGGCGCAGUCGUGUCCCGAGGCGAUUCCUUCCGUCGCAAAAGGGGUAGUUCUCAACUGAAGGGGGAGAACUCCCCCUCCCCCUUCCCCCAGUACGAGAAUGAGCAACAACAACUGUCGAGGAGUGCGUCGGUCGGAAGCUCGGAGAACUCAUCGACCAAACCCUUGACCAACAACAACUCUGAUCAAGAUGAAGAAGCCACCACCUCACAUCCCAUGUACAAAGUAAGGCCUUGAGCUUGUUUGGUUUGAAGAAAUGUCAAAAAAAGAUAAAAUUAUUUUUAAAAUUAAAAAAAUCUUUGAUCAUUCUCGGCCGCAACUCGCCGAAUUUAUUUCGCAGUCUGCGUCACUCUGUAACUCUUGCACUAACCAUAAAUACGGAAUUAUUCAUGUGACAUUAAGGAUGCACGUAAUAAUGUACUAUUUUCAGAUAUACGUUCUAGGCCAGACUGGAUCAGGCAAAAGUUCAUUGAUUAGCCAGUUUAUCACUUCUGAGUACAAGAAUGCGUUCGCUGAUGAAAUAGGUAAGUAAUCAGUCAUACCAAGACAAACAUUGUCCGAUUGUUGUUUUAGAAUGUUUCUUUGACUUUUGAAACAUGGAACAGUUGUUUCGGUUACUGUAAUGUGUUUAUGAUCUUUAAAAAACAAAUAUUAGGCUUAGUUUUAUCAGUUUUAGGCUAGCUUUUACUACUUUUAGGCUUAAUUUUAGUAGUUAUUAGGCUUAACGUACAACUUAAAACAUGAAGUAAGUAUUGUUUUCAGAAGACUACGAGAAUACGGUGUCGAUCAGUAUCGGCGGCCAGGAAAGCGAUCUCAUCUUCUUCGAAGCCGAUCCCACUAUUGGCGACGAAUGGCUACAUGAGCCAGUAGAUGCAUACCUACUAGUCUACAGCAUCGACAAGAAGAGCAGCUUCAAGUUGAUCGUGAAGACUCUGGAGAUGCUCAGACAACAAAGAUGUCAGAUCCCGAUCAUUCUGGCUGGGAACAAGAUCGAUUUGGAGAGGAAGAGGACUGUACUACGACAAGGUACGGUAACUUGUUAUUGGAGGGACUUUUUUAUUCAGAAGUUUAUAAAAUGGUCUUGUAAGGUCCAGAAUUCUGUGGAAUUCGCAUAAUAUUUUUUCAUUUCUCUUUAUUUCUUGACCGAACUAGCUAUUGUGUUACAUUAUCAAAGUAGGUACCUAAACUAACAUCAAACUUUAGUAUAAGGGCCUUACACUGUAGCAGCUUUACCUCGGGUUUCUUCCGCUGAAUCACAGUUUGAUUGUGAUUGAUGAACAAUGUGUUCGAAGUGUAAUCGCCCUAAUCCCGUUAUCCACAUCCGGCAUGUGGGCCUUUUAAAACAUGUCGUUUUAUGACUUGCGUCACGGCCAUAAAUCAGUUUAUGUUGUUAAACAUGUUGUUUUAGAACCCCUUUUAGUGCGAAACAUGUCGCUUUUAGACUGUAAUAACAUUAUAAUCGUGUUUAACAUAGUUAUAUUAUGGUAGGCCGUUUGAAGGUCACUUUGCAAUAGUGACUUUAUUUUUAUGGAUUACCUUUAAACUGUAAUGCUAAACCUGUCUAUAAAUGACGAUUCUGUAGAUACGUGGAAUUUAAUGUGACUUCUUGUCAAUCUUCAAUUAAAAUUAUACUAUAAUAUCAAAUUUGUUUCAGAAGUCAAAGGAGUUGGUUCCACGUUUUCUGUAGCACACUUCGAGAUCUCUGUAGCCUUGAACCACGAUGUAGAUGACCUAUUAGUUGGAAUUGUGGCAGAAAUCAAAGAAGUCGACCGAAAGUCAGCCCGAGAAGACGAUGAGAACAGACCUGUACUUGUAAGUCCAAGUAUUAUAUGUUAUGUUGUAAUCAGGCAAUGAAUAUUUAUUUUAAAGUGCUUUUUACUAGAAUUUUAUAUUUUAUAUUACAAUUGAACUCUUAACUGAACUAUAUUGUUCCAGAUCCGAUCAGAAUCCGUUCACAUCGACGAGCCUGAGUUCAAAGCUGCGAUUCGUCGCUUUUCCCAACGGAAAAAGAAACAGAUGGGAGCGACAUCUAUGAUCGACCUGGAGGGCUCCAAGUGCACCAACUUGAGUCCCAUCAACCUGAUCGAAAGGUUCCGACGGUGGAGGAAGGAUUCUAAAAUAUAA